CACUCUCACACACGCAAAUCCAAACACAGUUGCACAUUCAUGGUCUUGCAUGUCUGGACAGAAUGAUCAAUAAGGAGUCACAAUCUUCAGACCACCUUACAACAGCCUCACGAAGAGGGGUGAGGAUGGCAAAAAUUGCAAUAGCUUUGGCCGCUGCAUUUAUGCUGGCAAGCAUAGCAGUCAUCAUUUCAAUAGCAGUUAUACAAAUUCAUAAGAAGACUUAUAUAUCCCGUGGAUUAAAGUAUGGUAUUGUUUUGGAUGCAGGCUCCUCCAGGACCACCGUGUAUCUCUAUGAGUGGCCUGCCGAAAAGGAAAACAACACAGGGGUUGUGAGGGAGAACACUAAGUGCCAGGUUGAAGGCCCUGGAAUUUCAGAUCUCGGUAAAAAUGAGGAUCAGGACAAAAAGACAUGGAAAAGUUUUAAAAAUUGCAUGGCAAAUAUAACCGAGGCCAUUCCUUCCCAUCGGCUUAAUACGACCUCAGUUUUCCUCGGUGCAACAGCAGGGAUGAGGCUUCUACGCAUGACAGAUGAAGAGAAAUACAACGCUAUCCUGAAAGACAUAAAGAAUUACCUUAGCUCUCUUCCUUUAAAUUUCCAAAAUGCUUCCAUUAUCUCUGGACAGGAAGAAGGCCUUUAUGGCUGGAUCACAGUCAACUACCUGAAGGGGAACUUCCUAGAGAAAAAUCUUUGGAAUGCCUGGGUACAUCCUCAUGGAGCUAAGACAGUUGGCUCAUUGGACUUGGGUGGAGGCUCCACCCAGAUUGCCUUUGCCACUUCUAAAGAUGCUAAAGGUGAAAAUAUCAUUAAGGUUUCACUCUAUGGCUAUGAAUACAACAUCUAUACACACAGUUUCCUCUGCUAUGGGAAAGAUGAAGCUGAGAAGAGAGUUUUGGCCAAACUUUCAAAGGAAUCCACCAACUGGGCUUAUGUGAAGCAGCCCUGUUAUCCUUCUGGCUACAAUAUCUCCAUGCUUGUAGAAGAUGUUUUUGGCAGUGAAUGCACAAACAAUUACCUUCCAACUAAAUAUAGCCCAAAGCAAAAUAUUACUUUCUUUGGACAAAGUAAUCCUGAACAGUGCAAAGUCUUGGUCAGGAGUAUAUUUGACCUGACGUCGUGCCGGGAAGCUGAAAACUGUUCCUUUGAUGGAGUUUAUCAACCACCGCUCAGUGGAGACUUUAUGGCUUAUGCAGGGUUCUACUGGACUGCUUGGGCUCUUAAAGUGGAGGGAUCAAAAAGUAUGGAGACAUUCAACACGAACAUGAAGCUGUUAUGCAAAAAGGAUUGGAAAACUCUCAAGACAUCCAUCAAAGACGCAAAAGACAAGCAUCUGAAGUCCUACUGCUACUCUGCAAAUUAUGUGCACAUCAUUCUUGCAGAUGGUUAUAAGUUCAACACAGACAAUUGGAAGAAUCUCAGUUUUCAGAAAGAGGUAAAUGAUACCAGUAUAGCCUGGUCCCUGGGCUACAUGCUUGCACUUUCCAACAUGAUCCCAGCUGAAGGGAAAAUCCUCAAGCUACCCAUAAACAACAUCCUCUUCACUGGACUCCUCCUCUUGUUCUCUGCUCUGACUAUUAUCAGCUUCACAUACCUCGUCAUAGCGCUUGUGCACUUUUGUUAUUAAGUUUUUUUGUGUGUGUGUGUGUGCUGAAUUCCCAUCUAUAUUGCACUGAGUUCUCAUCUGUAGGUCCAGUGUCCCACUUAAGGCAGUUUUGCAAACCAGGAGAGAUGCUGAUUUGUCAGUGCAGAUAUUCCUGCUAGUGAAACUUUUUAAUUUUAGAACCUGAAGGUCAUGAAGGUCCAGUGGUGCUAAGGUUACAAAGAAGACACCUGAUGUGAACACCAAAUGUAUUUUUAAAACUUGUAUUUAAUGCCAUUCUAUCAAAAAAAAGGGAGUGUACAGGUCCAGGAAUACAGUAGCAAUGUAUUAUAAUGUGGAUUUGAUUGAAAACACUGAAGACAAAGGAAAGAUUUUUGCUUAUAUACAGUAAAAAGUAUCUACUAGGUCAUGACAAUGUUUUGGUUGUGUAUUGUAUCAAAUGUUUGUCUCAUUCAA